AUUGACUUUUGUCAUGUUGGAAGUGGCAAAAUCUUUCCUAAAGUUUUGUUCAUGAUUCUCGUUGUUUAAUCCAUAUUAUAUUAAUUUUACGAUGAUUAGUUAAUUAAAAUGGUUCUGUGUGGCUACCUUUGACAUUGUGAAAGUGUUAUUUGUUAGAUAUAGGCUCACUGGAUAGGUUAAAUUGAUGAUACAGCCACUAUGUCUCCGAAUAGAUGUGAUGGUUUGCUGGCGAGGGUUGAUUUUCCGCUCUAUACGCUACAAACACUCACAAAUCGACACGUAAUAGUUGCGGGUGGUGGCGGAGCUGCUGCAACAGGCGUCGCUAAUGGAUUUGAAAUAUUUGAAUUAUCACACAAUGGCACGAGAUUUAUUGCCGAAGAGGUGAUGAGGCAUGAAACUGGACCAAAUGUAGUCAUGAACUGUUCUGUGAGGAGCAACCAGAACAAGACAUACUUGACAGCGGGUCAGGAGAGCCACUGUCAACUGUACAAAGUGAAUAUACGAAUGGUAGAUGCAGCAGAGAUGCGCCGCGGCAGCUUCAGAGCGGAGAACGGGCUCGUGAGGAGGAGGCGCCGCACUGUAUCAGAGAAUGAUAAUAUAUCUAAGAAAGACAGCAAUAGUAACACCACGGAGAAAAGAAUAUCAUUUGAAAUAAGGCCUAGCGACAGUGUGCAAACAGAUUUCAGUAACGACCCCCUGCAGCGGGUGGUGCGCAUCAGCCACAACGGCAAGCUAAUGGCGACGGGCGGCAUCGACGGCAAGGUGCGCGUCUGGAGCUUCCCCAAGAUGGAACUACUCUACGAGCUCGAUGGACACACUAAAGAGAUCGACGACCUCGACUACAGUCCGUGCGACAGCUCCCUGGUGAGCAUCGCCAAGGACGGGCUGGCGCUGGUGUGGGCGGCGGGGGGCAGGGCGCCGCCGCGACUGCGCAUCGUGUGCACGCCGCCCAACGGGAACAAGUACCUGUUCCGACGGUGUCGGUUCGGUCUAAUAGAGGAGCAGAAGGACUCGUUCCGCAUGUUCACGAUAGCCAACCCGCUGUCCCGGUCGGGGCGGCAGCGCGGCCUGCUGCAGAGCUGGGCGGGCGCGGACGGGGCCCCGCUGCGGGCCGCGCUCGCGCAGGAGUCGCUGUCCGCGCUGGCCGUGCGGGACGACGGACGCUUCGUCGGCGUCGGGACCAUGUUCAGUGGAUCCGUCGAUAUUUAUAUCGCAUUUAGUUUACAGCGCGUCCUGCACGUCCAGAACGCUCACCGCAUGUUCGUGACGGGGCUGGAGUUCCUGCCGGUGCGCGGCUACGGUCCCGCCAUCACGAGCCGCUCCGAGGCCGCGCUGCUCUCCAUCUCCGUGGACAACUGUCUCUGCGUGCACUCGCUGCCGCAUCGGAGUACUGUACCUGCCUGGGUUGCCAUCCUACUUAUAAUCUUCGUCCUAUUCUGUACCUUCACUCUAUGUUCUUACAUGGGCAUUUAACGGUAUAUAAAUAUUUAUUGUAAACUUAAAAUAUAUAAAAACUAUUUCAAUGUAAGUAUUUUGGGGUUAUGUUUAGUGUAAUUUUAUUGUAAUAGGCAAUUAUGAAUAUUACGCUCAUAUACAUAUUAUGUAUGUAUAAAUAGGAAUAAUUGAAUUAAAUGAGGUGCAAUGUUGCAAUACCUGUGGAUUUUAUUUUGCAUGAUACCUCAAUUUCAUGUAGUUUCCAAGAUGGAAGAGCUAAAAUUAUUAAUCUAA